AACUGCUCCUGCUUCACUUCCUUGUCUCACUUCCUCCAGGUGUUGGUGAAAAUGCAAUGGGGGGUUUAAAGCCCUGCAUAUAAGACUUCAAUUGAGGACUGUGUGAUGCCCACAAGCAAAAUGGCCGCAUUAGCACCAUCUGGACUUCAGUGGGACACCCUGGAGCAGAGGAAACACCAAGGGGAGAACCUGUAUUACCAGAUCUAUGUGUGGAAGUUGCAGCAGCUGCCUGCAGAUGUGCACAGGUUCUGUGACCCAGAGCUACCUGCCCCUCGCAGAAAAGAGCUGCUCCACAUGCUCAGGAGCCUGGAGGAGGACUCCAGCUGCCAGAGACUGCAGAUCUUAUUCUCCUUCUCUGUCCCCAGUCCACAGGUGUUGGAGCUGCUGUGCAGUCUGCGUCUGCCUCUGGUCUCUGCUGGAGCUGUGAGUGUGAUUCUGCAGAGAUCAGGGAGUGGGGGUAGUUUUAGGUUAGGAAUGGUCAGGAGCAACACAUGUUGUUGAACUACCACUCCCAUCAUCCAUUUUCAGCCUUAAGAUGGUUCUACAACAUCUGGGGAUCUAUCUAUUUUGACAGAAGACACAUUACAUUAGCAAUUUUGUUACAGAGUUUGGAACAGUGGAGUAAUAAUUCAAUAUUAAAGGGAUAAUAUUUGGGACUUGGUAGGGGUAUGGUAAACAAAUGCAUUUUAUUGUAGGCUUCUGAAUUGUAGUGAAUGAAAAUUUAAAAUUUAGAUUUUAAAUUGUAUUCUUUACUAUUAAAGGCUGCCAGGAGCAGCCAGCCACAUAAAUGUAUGAUCGUGUAAAAGUGUGUGUGUGUGUAUACAUGUAACAGUGUGUGUAUAUGUUUAACUGUGUGUUCAAUGUGCAUAUAUGUAUAUGUGUAACAAUGUGUGUGUAUAUAUGUGUAUGCUGGCAACUAUAAAAGUGUGUGCAAUUUGGUGAGGGUGGUGUGGCCAUGAGGGCAGUGGUGGAGGCCAAUCAAGUCAUUGUGGGACUCCGGAGGGCUCUUAUAUUAGGGGCCUGGUAGCCCUUUAAAAGUGCAUCUGGUCGGGCCCCUGUCACAGUGUUAAUUCCCCCUACAGCUUACUGAGAGUUUAGGUCACUUCCUCCCAGCUUUCUGAGAGACAAGAUCAUACACACACACAGAGGAGAGGGGGGGAUAUAAAUACUAUGGCUACAACUAUGUUAAUUGUUACUUAUGUGUAUGUCCGUUUGUAUGUGUACCUGUGUGUGUGUGUAUGUAUAUAUAUGUAUAACUGAGUGAAUGCGUAUCUGUGGCAGCGUGUGUAUCUGUGUGUGUGGGGCAGUGCAUAAAUCCCAUCAUUCAAAAGCCAACAUUGCAAUCAGAUACACACCCAGCAUUCAAACACAUAAAUGCAGCCUUGCAUUCAAAUUCCAUUAGUACAAACACCACUACAUUCAAAUGCACACACUACACACAAACACACAGCUGUAUUCAAACGCCAACACUAAAUACAAAUCACAUUUUUAUUUUUGUAAUAAAGUUAUAAAUUACAUUUAUGAUAUGUGAAGUUGUUCUUUGUGCCCACUGUUUUCUUGUUUUACAAAUGUGUGUGUGUGUGUGUGUGUAUAUGUAUAUAUAUAAUGCAUGUGUUCCUCCGUACCUAUUUCUCUGGUUUAUUGAAUACCUCUUAUGGAAAUUACUCACACACACAAUUACAAGCAAAUUUGGAAAAAUAUUUUAAAACUUGAUGCCGACAAAUAAUUAUUACUUUUUAUGUGUUUACCACUAGUAGCAAUUUACUAAUCAAAUGUUAAAUUUAAUAACUGCACAAAUACAUUCACAAAUUUUAAAGGACCACUAUAGUGCCAGGAAAACAUACUCGUUUUCCUGGCACUAUAGUGCCCUGAGGGUGCCCCCACCCUCAGGUUCCCCCUCCUGCCGGGGUGGAUGGAGAGGAAGGGGUUAAAUGCACCUCUUUCUCCAGCGCCGGGCGGGGGAAUCUCCUCCGCCUCCUCUCCUCCUCUUCGGCUGAAUGCGCAUGCGCGGCAGGAGCUGCGCGUGCAUUCAGCCAGUCCAUAGGAAAGCAUUCACAAUGCUUUCCUAUAGACGGUAGUGUCUUCUCACUGUGAAAAUCACAGUGAGCAGCGCGGAAGCGCCUCUAGCGGCUGUCAAUGAGACAGCCACUAGAGGCUGGAUUAACCCUAACAUAAACAUAGCAGUUUCUCUGAAACUGCUAUGUUUAUAGAAAAAAGGGUUAAUCCUAGCCGGACCAGGCACCCAGACCACUUCAUUAAGCUGAAGUGGUCUGGGUGCCUAUAGUGGUCCUUUAAUUAUUUCAGAGCAUCAACAAAACUCAUAUUACAAAUGCACAUUAUGGUGUUGUCAUAACGUGCUAUUUUGCUCAAGUGAUAUUUACCACACCAGGGUUAUUUCCGCAGUGUUGUUUUUUGAUAGGUACAGUGCAAAUAAAGAAAAUUACACAAAAUCUUUCCCUCACAUGCAGUUCAUAUUUUGCAACAAUUUUUUCAGUUACAACCUAUUAGGGUCUUGUUUCUAAUAUUGUCAGUAAGUGUUAACUACAAGCCCAUGUUUGGUAAAAUGGUCUUUUUCCAUCCUGCAAAGUCUACGACUGUUAAUUACCGGCAUCCUGAACUUUAACAUUUUUUGUGAAGAAUAAUAGGUGUCAAUAAGCACUUUACCAACGCGUUUCCAUGAUAAAUGCUGGAUUUUAUUGGCUGCUGCUGCCCAACCAACAUUAAGUCCUGCCACAGCUUGGUGUGAACAGAAUGUCAUGUUAACAACUACAAGUAAACUUUAGAAGAUGUACAGUAUAUGUCAUUACAUUUAAACCCUAAAGCACAAUGCAAAGCAUAUUAAACAUUUGUUAAAAAAAGGAAAAGGCGGGGGGGGGCGGAGCCUGACGACCAACCUGUAUAGACGCCAUCUCACGCAGCUCCCAGAUUGCCGACCACAAUCUCGCUAAAAUCACCCGACACAGGGGCCAUCCGGCAAAACAAAGUGCAUUUCCAGCACCACGACGUUGGGGCGAGCAGUUUGAUGCCCUUUUUUCAAGCCGCCAAGCAACCCAGGCCGCGGCGCAAAACCGCGGCCUACCGUGCCACACCAAUCCUUAGCCUCGAGGCACUCCUCGGCGGACAGGGAGCGGGUCGCGAUUACCCAGUCUGCCCCCUGCAGGACGCACCAACCAUGGGCCGACGCACCCCUAAACCCACGGCUGGAAAUACUACCCAAGGUAGGGACAUAGGGGAAAUGCUGCUCCGAUCAGCGCAGACCGCGCCAGCAUAUGAUGAUUUCCCGCCAAACAUGGCUCCCGUCCCGGAGAGAGAGGGAGAGGAGACCCUCCACACGCAGAACACCCAGGUGGGACACACAACACCCCCAGCCUCGCCAGAGGACUCAGCCCCCACCACUAAAGGGGACCUGAAAGCCCUCCUGGCUGACAUCCAGAAGCUACUGGCGGCAGAUGUAGCCCUGAUUAAAAGGGACAUGCAACGAGUCACAGACCGUGUCACAAACGCGGAGAGGGACAUAGCAGGCGUCCAUACCACUAUGACCACCCUGAAAGACUCAGUCCAACAGCUGCACAUGGAACAACACGUCCUAGCAACCCAAAUAAUGUCCCUGGAAGACAAACAACGCCGAACACACAUAAAGAUCCGCGGCAUACCCAACACCAUCACCACUAAAGAACUGCCGCACUAUACGAGACGUCUCUUGACUACAAUCCUGUCACAACCAAUAGCUAAGAAAAUCACACUGGACGGUAUGUACCGAGUAACAGGCUCAGCACGCACCGCACCGGGCACCCCCAGAGAUGUCAUCCUACGAUGUGUCACCAUACAUGACAAGAUUCAAAUAAUGACUGCCCUGAAAGGCAAAACGCCACUGGAAUUUGAGGACGCAAAGUUAUUAUUUAUUCAAGACCUCACCAGAGCCACGUUACUUAGACGCAAAUCUUUUGGCCCAGUAACGUCCACUCUACGCAAAGCGAACAUACCAUAUAGAUGGGGGAACACCGGCUCCUUAAUUGUCCAUCAUGCUGGGACCACCCACAACCUUACCUCCCCCAUGGGAGCCCCAGCCUUCCUGUCCGCAAUGGGCUUGCAGCCGAAUCAACCGCCUACCACAGACGACAAUCAAGAUGUCACCUGGGACCCAACACCUCAACCGGACAACGGGCGGAAUACCCACAGCGCCCCAACACCUGACCCUUAUCUGGGACUGAGUCAACCUGGCCGCUGAACAACCAUCUAGCCAUCGAAAACCACACCGACCAACUACUUGCUUGGACUUUUACCCACACCAAUUGAGAAUUUCUCAUGUUCAGUUACUAUGUUUUUUUUUUGUAUGCACAUGCUAACAACACACCCCAACUUCUGGCAUAGGUACCACUACCCCCAAACAUAACGGGGUUUUACACACUUCUCUUUACAGCCACUGGCCUCUGAGACCCAAGCAAUCUGGCAACAAGAAGCGCCUUAAACACCCCCCCCCCCUGCCACCCCCUUAGGUUAGGGGUAAAACUAAGCGUGCCAGUCCACCACCAAGUCAUCGACUGGAUCAAUGUCCACACUAACAUGAAUAUAACUCAGCAUAUAGUACCCAGUAGGUACACACACCCUGGCACUACUAACGCACAUAGACGCCAACCUGACACCACACAUGUGUAGGCUCCUACGCAGCCCUGCAGCCUCAUGCACCACAAAGGAGCAUACACCACACCCCAGGCCUGUAGUACCCCGGGAGCGCAACACAGUCCGAUCACUAACCUGCAGACAUCUAGCUAGCCCCGGGUUUGUUCCCAAACAUGGCCGAAAUAAAAAAAAAAGUGCUUACCAUAUGCAUUUCACUGUAAAUCCUAACACCAACCCCACAUGCUAAGAGAUUACCUGUUACUGUUGAAUAUUUGCAAACUUAUGAUCUCAUGAAAUGCUGAAUGUAACUCGCAUGUACAACUGCGCACAGAAAAAUAAAGAAUUAAAAAAAAAAAAAAAAGGAAAAGGCAGAGACUUAUUUAAGUAAAGUGCAUAUGUCAUUUAUAUGAGAUAGGAAGAAAGAAUAAGAAGGGGCAUAAAAGCAAAAAGUUAAAUAUUAGUAAAAUAUAUGUAUGAGUGUGUGUGUUGAAUGUGUGUUUCUUUCUGAUUAUGUGUAAGUACAUGUUUGUACCCAACAACUUAUACUGGCCUGUAAAUCUAACUUGCUACCACAGCCUACUCAAAAAAUGCUUUUCUAUGUCCAACUCAAGCCAAUGCCACCAUAUGAUACUGUAGCAUCAGUUUGCAAUGCUUCCCUAUUGUAUUGCCCUUCGUCUCAAGAGUCAGUUGACGUUGCAGGGUGCAGAGUGUCGGAGGGAGUCUUGGUGCUGAAACUAUAUUUUUUAGGUUUAUACUGGAGACAAGGGGGGGGGGAGGAGGGGGUACAACAAACCUGUAAUAAGUCUUUGAAUACAGCUUUGUAUUCCUAACAAUAUUAUGUCCUAUAAGGGAUAUAUGUAAAAAGUAAAACGUAAUGAACAAGUAUUGCAUCAUUGUUCAAACCUUUAUCAUAUCUACAUUUCCUAUUACACUGUUUUCCAUCUUUAUCACCAAAAUUUUCUGAAACUAUUUGGGAGUGGUUUGAGAUUCUUACGUUCUCUUAUCUCUACUUCUUUUUAUUCAGGGUACCGGUUACUGGGAGUAUUUACUACAAAGGCUAGGCCUAGAUGUGGUAUCUUUCGACCAGAACAGUAUUUUCCCAUCUGAGAUGCGCUAUACAGAAGUCAUGGUAAGACACUUAAAUAAAUAAUCCUGUUUGUGUCAAUGCAAGCUAUGCUACAUCUGUGCAUUCUUCCAGGACUGUAUGUGUUCCCCUGACUAGCAGAAUUAAAUCCUGUACGGAUGGCACUAAUCUCCAGCUGUUGCAGAACUACAACUCCAGCCAUAAGGCUGGGAAAGAAUCAUGAGCAUUAUAGUUUUAUCACCCUUGUUGUAGAGUUAUAGAAACAAUAUAGUGUUUGGAAUACAAAGCUGAAUACAAAGUUCCUAACACUAUAGGAACCCUCUGCUCCCCCUCCCUCCCCCUCACCUUGUUUCCUCUAUCCCCUGGCUAUAUAAAGGUUUAAAAACAAACUUUUCUCACUUACCUAAUUUCAGCGCUAAUGUCCCUCUGUGCAGGAAGCGCCUCUAGUAGCAACCACUAGAGGCAGUCUAUUUUUUUUUCAAUUCUUUAUUUUUGCAAUGACAGCAUGGUAUGGUACAUAACAUUACGCACAGGGAAUGUACAUUGCAAACUCGUCCUGUAAGAAACACCAAAUAUUUAAGAUCGUAAGUGAUAGCAAUAAGGAUAUACCAGCUGUUGAAAAGGCAAUAAAAGGUGUAAAUGUGCGUGUGUAAAUCAACCCAGCCAUCAGAGUGUUUUUUAAUUUUUCUAAAGCAGGAAGAGCAUAGGAAACCUUUAAAAAUGAAUGUAGGUAGAGGAAGAUAGAGAGGGAAUUAAUGGGGGGGGGCUGUCAGUCCAGAAGAUACACAUUGAGUUAUGUGAUGGAGGGUAGUGUGAGCUGCCGGGAGGAGCUAUGAGACAGAGAUGUAUACACUCGGAAAUAUUCGGUAGAAUAUAUAUAUUUUUUUUGGGGGAAGGGCACCGACCCCUCGCUUGGACAGGAGAUUAGGAUAUCUAUAGUGUAUUUGUUGUCCCGUCCCUGACUCCAGCCCCGUAACCUCCCAUGUCUGUGGUGAGCCACGGGUCCCAUAUCUUAUCAAAGGCGGUAGUCGUGCCUCUGACUUGUGCAGUCAAUUUGCCAUAUUUCCUGCCACUCAAUACCCUCCAAUGUCUCCCCCAAGUCCGCUUCCCAUUGAUCUGUAUAGUGCAACUGGCCCCAUUCCUUGGUGUUAGAACCAAGGUGAGAGUAUCGUAGGGUGAUCAUGCCCAGUGGUACAGCCUCACGUCGACAGAUUUACUUAUAAAACGUCAAUUGGGAAAGUUCGGCUUCUCUAACUGUCUGUUGUUGUGCAAAAUCUUUAAGUUGGAGGGAGCAAAAAAAUCAGCUGGUUUCAAUGUAUUUCUAGAUUUUUUUUUCCCAAUUUGACAAUUUUUAUUUUGUCAUAUUUCAAAAAGCAGUAUAUGGGGGGUACAGAACGAAAAGUGGAGGUGGGGAGGGAACUAGACAAUGUUGUUUACACGUACAUCUCUCUGCCUUGGAUAGGUACAUUGUAUAGUCCACAAUACACAUUUCGGGUUCCACAAUUUCCAAUGUUAGCGUAUACAAUUUUAACAUUUACACUUUUAACGUUCGUAUUUUCCCAAUCCGUAUUUGCUACCUGUCUCGGAGUCGCAAGUGUAGUAUGGAGUGCUGGUCGUAAUAUCGCCACUUGUGUGUGCUGUUGGACUAGCGUCUAGCGGGUAAAUUAGCUUUGCGAUAUGUAUGUUGUGUUGCUCGACCUUAUCACGUGCGUAUUGUACAGACCCCAUGUCACUGCAUGCUGGUCACCUUCAGGGAAAUUGGUUUCUUCUCCCCCAGGAGCUUUGCGUAAUGUUGUUGCCUGGUGGCAGCGUCUGGGCUAGGCGUACGUGAACUACUAGCGGGGUGCGUGCUAGAGCGGCUGUCUAGAUGCGUAUUGAGUUGUAGCUAGAUAAUUGUUUGGGGGGGUGGGGAUAGGGUGUGCAGAGAAGGGAAGGGAAAAGAAUUAAGGGAAGAAAGGGGAAGAGAUUCAGUUUGUGGAACUUUUGAAAAUGGUGCUCCUCUUUGCCCUCCCUCUGGGCCUAUGUUUCCUAGCUGCUAGUUCUGCCUGUCUACCUCCAAUGUUCCAUCGGUUCUAUGUAUUAGUACAUCCUCCCAGGUCAAGUCUCAGACAUUCCCUGUCUCUCUGGCUUUGGUUCGCUACUCAAUCUCCCGUGUCCUAGCGUACCUAUGCGUCCUGAGUUCUAGAGUGGUGUGAGCUUCUCUGAAUGUAGUCUGCCCAUUUGUUUUUUGCGUCUAUGAUCGUGUGGUUAUUUGUAAUGUAUUUGUUUGCCAUAGCCUCAUAUUCCCAGUUUGUGGUUGUUUGCGUUAGGAGAUCGUGUUUGCUGGGUGCUUGUGGUUGUUUCCAGUGUCUGGCUAUUAGGGUUACUGCCGCUAUGAGCACUUGGAAUAUCAAUUGUCUUUCCUGCUUGUGCCAUUGGGCAAGAUGCAUGAAUAGUAUGCCCUGUUCGGGCCCCAAGCGGUAGGGGUGGCCUAUCACGUCUGUGAUUAUCUCUUCCACCAUCUCCCAGUAUGAAGUGAUUACCGGGCACGUCCACCAAAUGUGGUACAUUGUCCCCCUGUCUCCGCAACCCCUCCAGCAUUCCCCUGAGCUUCCCGGGUAUAGUUUCGCUAGUUUGUCCGGGACCAUGUACCAUCUGUACAUAAUUUUCCUCACUGUUUCUAGGUGUGUAGCGCAUGAUGUGUGCCCUUUGUGUGUUUGGAAUGCCUGUUUCCAGUCUAGGUCUGCUAUCGGGCGUCCUAUGUCUUUCUGCCAGGCUUCUCUAAAGUCUCCGUGUCCGUUUGUAUUUACUGUAUUCAGGAGCGCAUAUAGUUUUGACAGGAUUUUUUGGGGUAUACUGCCCUGUAGGCAUAGCUGUUCUAAGGCGCCUUACAGUAUGAGGUCACAAAAGAUUUCAGUUGGAGGUAAGGGAAUAUGUGUCUGGUGUGCAAGGAGAACUUGGUUUGCAGCGCUGGGAAUGGCAGUAUCUCGUUGCCCUCGCAUAUCUGGCUAAGGUGGGUGCAUCCCCCUCUCACCCAGGGGGUGUGAUCAAAUGUCGGUAUGCCCACUGAGAUGCUCGCGAGUGGGAUAUUCCCUAUAGUUGGUCCGACCAUGCCCAGUGAUGCCCUCACAGAGUCCCAUGUUUUGAUCAUUGCUGCCGUGGUUGGUAACAUGGUUGCAUACGGCGGUCAUAGUUUGUACGGCAGCUGGUAUAGGUGUCGCAGCCCCUGUUUGCAUGCCCAGUGUGUUUCUAUGUGGAACCACUGGGGGGGGGGGUCUUCCACUGCGUUUGUUGCUGCUAUGGCUGUCAGCAAUGUAGCUCUAUGGUAAGAUCGGAUGUUGGGCAUUCCCAGUCCCCCUUCUUUGAUCGGUUUUUGUAAGAGCUUGCUGGCCACCCUCACUUUGCGGUUGGCCCACACAAACCGUACGAUCAUCUUUUGGAUCGUGGUCAUGUAUUGGCCCGGUAGACUAAUCGGGAUUGUGCGCAACAGGUAUUGGAGUUUGGGAAGUAUAGACAUCUUAAUCGCCGCCAGUCUGCCCAGCCACGAGAGAUAUUUGCCCUCCCAUGUGUGUAGUGUGUCUGUAAAUGAUUUGAUCAGUUUAGUAAAGUUUAACUUGAACAAAUGGGGUAGGUGGGGGGGUAUAUGGACGCCCAAAAAGGUAAUAUAGUCCUUCCUCCAGUCGAAUGAGAAAAGCUCACUCAAGUGUUUCAGUCGGUUAGAUUGGACUCCCACACCCAUAGCCUGGGAUUUAGUGACAUUCAAUUUGUAGUAGGAGUUAAGGCCGUAUUCUUUAAUGUCUUCCAUGAGAUUUGGUAGUGAAAUUUGGGGUUGUGUUAAUGUCAACAUGACAUCGUCUGCAAAUAAAUUGAUUUUGUAUUCCCUGUCGCCCACUGUUACUCCGUGUAUGGAGCUGUUGGCCCGUAUUGUCUCUGCUAGCGGCUCUAAAGCCAGCACAUAUAGUAAGGGGGAGAGUGGGCAUCCCUGCCUCGUUCCGUUAGUGAUGCUAAACGGUUCCGAUGUGAAGCCUGCCGUGACUACCUGUGCCGAUGGCUUGCUGUAUAAGGCCUCCACUGCCGAGCAGAAUGCCCCCGGCAUCCCAAACUUAUCCAGGACCGCUUUCAGGAACCUCCAGCUCAGGCGGUCAAAGGGCUUUUCCGCGUCCAGUGAGAGCAUUACACAUUCUGUAUGUUGCCUGUGGACGCUAUGUAUAAUGUCGAUGACCUUUCUAGUGUUGUCCCCCCCUUGUCUCCCUUUAACGAAUCCGACCUGAUCAUUCCUGAUUAGGUGCGGGAGGAUCGUGCCCAGUCUGAUGGCGUAUAUUUUCGCGAAGAGUUUUGUGUCUGUGUUUAGUAAUGAUAUCGGUCGAAAAUUUUGUGGGUGGAUUGGUGGCUUGCCUGGUUUAGGCAAUGUAAUGAUAUGAGCUUUGAGGGCUUCUGGCGGGAGUGCGUGCUUCGUGGCUGCUUCAUUAAAAGCAUUUGUGAGGUGAGGGGCUAGGGUUCGUUGGAAGUGCUUGUAGUAACAGUUGGCAAACCCGUCUGGACCUGGGGCUUUAUCAGAAGGUAGAGAGUCGAUCGCUCUCAUCACCUCCGUUUCUGUAAUCAAUGCGGACAGGCUGUCUUGUUGAGUGGGGGUAAGUUUGGGCAGGGCAAUCUUGUCUAAGUAGGAGGCUAUUUUAGCCCCCUGUGGUUGGGGUGUAUAUGGGUCGUCCCUGAGAUUGUACAAUGAUUCGUAGUAUUUGGCGAAUGCGUUGCUAAUGUCUUUGGGUGCCACUAUUUUCUGUCCGCUUGGAGACAGCAAGUACGCUAUUUUUUGGGCUGCUUGUUGUGACUUUAAUCUUUGUGCUAACAGUUUACCUGCCUUGUUUCCCUGUGUGUAGUUUUGUGCCUUUAGCCUUUUCAGGUGGUAUCCCACUUGUUCUAAGGACAUUUGGUGUAUCAGUCUUGUGAGUUUCGUGAUUUGUUCCCGCAGUUCGUGUGAGGGAGUAAUUUGGUUUUGUGUCGUAGCGCGCUGGAGGUCUGUUUGGUAUGUGUGAAGCUGAAGGUGGGAUUUCCUUUUUAGGUACGUUGCCCGCCGUAUCAUUUGUCCCCUUAUCACUGAUUUGUGGGCCUGCCAAAGGAUACCGCGGCUCGUUUCAGGUCUAUCAUUGUCUUGGAAAUAUUGGGCUAAUUUUUGGUUCAGCUCCGUGAUGAAGGCGCUAUCUUUCAGUAGUGUUGCGUUUAUUUGCCACGGGCUUCUAUGGGUCGUGUCAUAUAGGUUUUUCAACAUCAGCUCUACCGGGGCAUGGUCGGACCACGCACUGGGCCGUCUGGUCUAUCCCUGCCCCUGAGAUAAGGAAGCCAUCAAUGUGGGAAUAGGUGUUGUGUACUGUCGAGAAGAAUGUAUACCCUCUUUCCCCUACAUGGGUGGCUCUCCAUACGUCAUACAGAUGGUUGUUGUGGAUAAGCUUGCUUUGCGAAGGGGUGCGGUGCGCCUUCUAGCUGGAGCUAGUGUCGUAUCGAUGGAGGAGUCGAAUACAUGAUUGAAGUCGCCACAUAUGACUGUCGUCCCUUGCUGUACUGACUAUAGUUUCUGUAUAAGUUUGUGUAAAAAGUUGCGUUGGUUCGUGUUGGGGGCGUAUAUGUUCGCUAUGGUGUAGGGCAUGUCAUUAAGCGUGCCUACUAUAAUAACGUAUCUGCCGUCCGGGUCAAUGUGUUGGGAAUGCGGGGCAUAGGCCACAUUUUUGCUAAUUAGUAUGGAGGUGCCUUAGGUUUUGCUGGCCGAUGUGGCGUGGAUUUGUAUAGGAUAGUCUUUCUGUAGGAUGUUGGGGUGUGCGUUAGUCAUGAAAUGUAUCUCUUGAAGGCAUAAAACAUCUACUGCUUUAUGUUUGAUCUCUCGGUAUAGGAGGUGUCUCUUAACCGGGAUGUUUAGUCCCCUAACGUUGUGUGAGUAGAUUUUCAGGGUGGUAGGUGGUCAUAAGAUGGUAUGUGUGCUUGUGUUUGACAUCUAUAUGUCGGGGGGUCCUUGUGUCCCAGUUCCUCAACUCAAGGGCUGUCCCCGGGUAUCCUGAAGGCUACUUCGCAUGUCUUUUGGCUCAGAGGGAGAUAGCGGCGGAGUCCCCACUCUAUCUGUUUUUGGUCGGUAGCUUACGGAGUGCAUAACAGUUGAGAGGGGCGUAUGAGGUGCAAGUGUGAAUACAAACAUAAAAACACAAUAGAUAACAGAAAUGGGUAAACUAUAACAAACUAACUUUUUUGCCAAACUAUCGGCUAUGCACCAGGUGGUGGUGCGAUGGGGGUAGGAACUAAUGGUUCCUGUCUUAGCUGCGGUUCGUCGGCCGCGGACUUUGCGUGCAUGUUUUGUUUUUGUUUCGGUGACCCUAUUUUUAGAAAAGUUUGCGUGGAAGGGCUGUCUCUGCCUGCCUGCCUGUGUCCUGAGAUUGCAUGUUUGUAUAUUUUUAUUUUUUAUAUAUUAUUAUAACGGAGCUUUCUGGGGUCGGGCGGGGGCGUGAGUGUGAUCUCCCAUGCCUAGGCCUUCCCCGGUGCUGGUCUCCAUGUCACUAUAUCAACGACCCAGUCUCCUAUCUAGCCUUGUUCCCCAGGUUACGUAUGUCGCUUUGGCUCUCACACUCCGCCCUCCCCCCCAGUCGCCAUGCCCCUUGUCUUUGCAUGCGUAUCUGUAGUGUAGCUCCUAUUGUACAUUAACAUUAAUCAGAGAAAAUUUAACAAUGCAAUUGUUAUACAAGCCUGGAUUCAAAUGGCUGGAUUAACAGUUCUCAGGUUCAACGUUACAGCACCUUCCCAGUAAGGCGGGUUAGCAUUUGGCUUUCAUCCAUGAUGGAGGGAGUCUUUGAGUCUCUUUCGUUGCGGGCGGAAUUUCUAUGCCCCAAGUUCUGAGGAUUUUCAUUCCUUCGUCUGGGCUCUGUAUUGUAGUUGGUCGUCCGUUUCUCUGUACGAUCAGCUUCACCGGGUAUCCCCAUCUGUAUGGUAUUUGUUGUUGGCGGAGUUGCGUCGUGAUUCCUGCAAAAUCCUUCCUGCGUUUAAGCGUGUAUGCUGAGAUGUCGGCAUAGAUUGCUAUUGCCUGGUAGGCCGCCGGCAUGUCUGUUUUUUUUCUGGUUCUGUUUGCUCUCAUUACUUCUUCCUUUAUGUGAAAGUAGUGCAUUCUCAGCAUCACAUCUCUAGGGGUUUCAGGUGGUAAGAAGGUGGGUUUUGGCACUCUGUGAGCCCGGUCCAUCAGGAACAUGUCAGGGGGCACAUCAGGGGCGAGCGCUUUGAACAGUCCCACUAGGUAGGCCAUGAGUUCUGCCGGGCCUAUAUUUUCCGCUAUACCUCUAAUACGGAGGUUGUUCCUCCGACCUCUGUCCUCAAGGUCUGCGGUUUUCCCCUCCUGUGCUUCUAUUCUCUCUGUAAGGCUGUCCAGUUUUGCUGCCAUAGAGUUUUGGGCCUCCUCAUACGCCACCAUUUUGUCCUCAAGCCUGGCUGUCCUAUCUUCCAGCUCUUUAACAUCUGCAUUAAUGGUAUGGAUUGCAUUCUGUAACGUGAGCUGUAACUUGCCUGCCAUAGUGUCCAGCAUUGCCUGCAGGAUCCCCUGCGUGACCGGUAAGUCGGCAGCCGCCUGUUCUGGGGAGGGAAUGAGCUCUUCCUCGCCGCCAUCUUGAUUUUCGCCAUGUGGGCCGGGCCCUCGGGUCAGGCUCGCUUUGAUGCCGAAGAAAUUAGAUUUUUUGCCCCUCUCUGCCUGCCGGCGGUGUUUGGGCUGGGACAUCGUUGUGCCUCGGGCUUUGUGGUGUCAGGUCACCUGCUUUGCGGCUUGUAUAGGCCUGUGCCGCACGGAGCUCCGGCUACAUGCGACCGCUCGCUCCGGAGUCUAGGACACGCCCCCCGUAUUUCUAGAUUUUAAUUCAUCAAAGAUUAUAAGGCUUCCACCUUCGUAAAGAUGACCCACUUGCUAAAGUCCAGCAUAUUCUACUCCUCUAAAAUCAUGUGCCUUCAUACCCAGGGGGGAAUGCCCUAAUUUGCAAGAAAGGUAUCAUAUGGGAGAGGGAUGAAACCAAACCAAACUUUGGGGCAUUGUUGUCCCAAACCCGGAGAGAAAUCAAAAUAGCCGGACAUGUGGUGCGUAAGAAAGGUCUUUGGUCCCAGAUAUGCAAUUGUGGGAGGUCUGCUCCCAUCAUCAACGAUUCCAGCUAACCCAUCUUCUUUCAUCUGGGGUGAAUGCCAUAACGCAACUUGUGCUAAUUGGGCUGCUAAGUAGUAGUAAUAUAGGUUUGGCAAUUCAAGGCCCCCUGUCGUUUUAGUUUGAUAUAGGAUGUUUUGAUAUAUCUUGUGUCUCUUAUUCUUCCAUAUUAAUGCCCCUAUCGCCUGUUGCAGGUGUGCUAAAUUAGACUUAGUAAGUGGGAGUAGUAGGGUCUGGAAUAAAACGAGAAUACAUGGUAGGAUGUUCAUUUUGACCGAGUAGAUUCUACCAGUCCACGAAAUCGGUUUGACGACCCAUUUUUCCAUAUCAUUGGUCAAGGCUUUGAACAUCAGGACAUAGUUUUGUUGGCUCUAGAGGCAGUUUUAACCCUGCAAUGUAAACACUGAAGUUUCUGUAAAACUGCACUGUUUUACAUUGGAGGAUUAAGGGAAUUGAGACACUGCACACAGUCCACUUCAAUGAGAUGAAGUGGUCUUGGUGCCUAUAGUGUCCCUUUAAACAGGGAAGAUUAACCAUGACAUGCAUAUGUUGCACAACUAUGGUAGACAGCAUGCAUUUAUAUUCAUUGUUGGUCUUGUUACAUUGAUGUAUACUCUAUUUCUAAACAAACUGUUUCAUUCAUCUAGACUGGGGGCCCUGAAUUGCUUGAGCACUUUCCAGACAGAGCAUUGUUCUUGGCAUGGCCAGAUGCAGAUGGUAAGUGUCAUUUUCAAAGACUUUUUUUGUAAUAAUUUUUUAACACAGCAUUCACUAUUUGAAUCUUGAUAAUGGCUCUUUUAUUUAUUUCUUGUGAUUCAUGUUUCUUCCAUGCUGGAAUAUAUUCCAGCUGCAAUGCAGCUAUGCACUUUUCAGCUACAACAUUAAGACCACCUACCUAAUAUUGUGUAGGUUUCCUUAGUGCUGCUCAAACAGCCGUGAUGCUUCUAGGCAUGGAUCAAGACAUUUAAAUCCUGCAAGUUACGAGGUGAAGCCUCCAUGGAUUGGAUAUGUUGUUCCAGCACAUCCCACGGUUGCUCAAUCGGAUUGAGAUCUGGGGAAAUUGGAGGCAACACUUUGAAUUGUUUGUCAUGUUCCUCAAACCAUUCCUGAAAAUUUUUUGCAGUGUGUCAUGCUUCUGAAAGAGGCCACUGCCAUGACUGGAAUGUACAUGGUCUGCGACAAUCUCUAUUUAGGUGGUACAUGUCAAAAUAACAUUCACAUGAAUCCAGGACCCCAAGUCCCAGCAGAACAUUGCCCAGAGCAUAACACUGCCUCUGCCAGCCUACCUUCUUCCCAUAGUGCAUCCUGCUGCCAUCUUUUCUUCCGGUAAAUGACGCACACGCACCCUGCCAUCCGCCGGUCCAGUUGCUAUAUGGUCCAGUUCUGAUGCUCCUGUCGAAGACACUUUCGGCAGUAGACAGGGGUCAUCAUGGCCACUCUGACCGUGUGCAGCUAUGUAGUCCCAUACGCAUCAAACUGUGAUGCACUGUGUGUUCUGACAGAUUUCUAUUAUGACCAGUAUUAUGUUUUUCAGCAAUUUGAACUACAGUAGCUCUUCUAUGUGACCGGACCAGACUGGCUAGUGUUUGCUCCCCACAUGCAUUAUUGGCUCCAGUUCACUGGUUGUCCUUCCUUACACCACUUUUGGUAGGUUUUAACCACUGCAUACAAGGAGAAUCCCACAAGAAAUGACGUUUUAGAGAUACUCUGAUCCAGUUGUUUAGCCAUUACUAUUUGGUCCUUAUUAAAGUCACUCAGAUAUUUUCACUUGCCCAUUUUUUCUGUUUCCAACACAUUCAAGAACUGACUGUUCACUUGCUGCCUAAUAUAUCCCACCACUUGACAGGUGCCCUUGUAACCAUAUAAUCAAUGUUAUUCACGUCACCAGUCAGUGGUUUUAAUGUUGUGGCUGAUCAGGGUAUAAGGUACCAUUUACAGCUGGGGAUUUCAAGGUUACUUUUAAAGGUUCAAAAGAUUCACAGCUGUUGUAGAACCACAACUACAAUGAUAAAAAUUGACAAAAUAGUGUCAAUUACCAAUAUUUAUGGUCAUUAUUCUACUAAGUACUAUUCUUGUUCCAGACUUAUAAACCAGUAGAAUCAAAAUUGAUUUAAGGGACCACUAUAGGCACCCAGACUACUUCAGCUCAAUGAAGUGGUCUGGGUGCCAGGUCCAUCUAGGAUUAACCCUGCCUGCUGUAAACAUAGCAGUUUCAGAGAAACUGCUAUGUUUACCUAUGGGUUAAUCCAGCCUCUAGUGGCUGUCUCAUUGACAGCCGCUAGAGGCGCUUCCGUGCUUCUCACUGUGAUUUUCACAGUGAGAAGACGCCAGCGUCCAUAGGAAAGCAUUGAGAAUUUAGCCAAUGACGGGGAAAGGAGGCGGAGAGUCCCCACCGCCGAGGGAGCCUGGCGGGGGAGAAAAAGUAAGUGUUUAACCCCUUCCUCACACCAGAGCCCGGCGGGGCCCUAAGGGUGGGGGGGACCUAGAGACCCUAUAGUGCCAGGAAAGCGAGUAUGUUUUCCUGGCACUAUAGCGGUCCUUUAAAAGGAAAUCGAUCUUUAUACUUCAAAGUAUUAUGAUUCUGUAGUUCAGUAAUAGCUCAACUAAGAAAUAUAUCGCCAUUCCUGAUGCACUCAACAUAUAUGCACAGAUGAAACGCACAUUGGAUGCAUUUGUUUCCUUUCCCUGUCUUUUUGUAUAUUUCUUUGGUGAGAACUAGCUAAGAAAUAUAUAGGUGACAGUAACAGUUGGUGAAGAAUUACAGCCCAUGGUGAGCUAUAUAACAGCUAGAAAUAUGCAAUCUAUUUUUCUAUCUACAACUGGGUCAAUUGGGUAUAUGAAGAGGUCCUCUAGUGGUGACAAUUAUUAUUAUUAUUAUUGGUAUUUAUAUAGCGCUAGUUUAUUCCGUAGCACUUUACAAUAAAAGGGGAAUUUACCAUACGAAAGUGUUGGCCACCAGAAUACAACGAGUACUACCGAGCAUAGUCCAUGCGGAUCAGACGGGGUUUAUACCUGGUAGGGAAGCCCGAGACAGCACACUCCGACUCUUCUCCAUACAACAUCGAGCACGGAUUUCACGAGAACGCCUUAUACUGCUAUCCACAGAUGCUGAAAAGGCCUUCGAUCGGGUCAACUGGUCUUACAUGAUGCAUACAUUGAGGGCCAUGGGAAUGGGACCGAAGAUGAUGUCGUGGAUAUCGGCAUUAUACGAUAAACCCAGCGCAGCGGUUAAGGUAAAUGGAGCACUUACGUCCAGCUUUGAGAUUCACAACGGGACCAGACAGGGGUGCCCCCUAUCCCCCCUUUUAUUCGCAAUGUCUCUGGAACCGCUCCUACAGGCAAUACGACAGAACCCUGACAUCCAGGGCUAUUCAUGGAAAGGGACGGAACACAAGGUGGCCGCAUAUGCGGACGAUCUCCUCUUUUUCGUCUCUAAUCCACGAAUCACACUGCCAUGCUUGCUCCGGGAAUUUGAAAACUUCGGCAAAAUUGCAGGAUUCAAACUUAAUUUAUCUAAAUGUGAGAUCCUUAACGUCACCUUCCCACCAACCGAAUUUGCCACACUGAGCGCAGCUUUCCCAUUUCGCAGAUGUGAGGGGAAGAUGAAAUAUCUCGGCAUCUGGGUAACACACAACCCACGCGACCUUUACCAACACAAUUUUGCCGCCAUACUACGACAAGUAACUUCGGACCUCGAUCGAUGGGCAUAUCCACACAUCACCUGGCACGGCAGGAUAGCGGUCCUCAAGAUGAACGUGCUGCCACGGAUAUUAUACUUAUUCCAAACCAUCCCAAUAUCGCUACCAACAACGUUCUUCUCUAGCCUGAAAUCGGCGGUCAUCCGAUAUGUUUGGAGAGGGGAAAGAUCCCGCCUUCGACAUGAAACGCUCUGCUUACCCAGUAUCAGAGGAGGCCUUGCACUGCCGGACUUCAAAAAGUACCAACAAGCCACUACUAUGCAACGUAUCCUGGAGUGGCACGCAGCAGAGGACCCGAAACAGUGGGUAACUCUGGACAGAGAAGACUCAGGGACCAAACUUAAAGCAGACGUAUGGAGGGAGGUGAAAGGUCGGUGUGGAUCAGAAGAGGACGGCAAUCCGGUGGCACAGACUCUGAAGAUCUGGAAAUCAAUUAGGAAGGUGGAACAGGUCUCUCCGACCCCCAGUCCUAUGAUCUCAAUCACACACAACCCCAAUAUAGGGGGAGGACUCCCCUUUAGGACCUGGGCCUUUUUAGGGGAAAGAGAAUAUAUCCCAAUAUGCACGAUCCUGGAGGAAGGUCGGAUAAGGUCCCUCAGCUCACUAUUAGCUGGAAGACCGCAGACUCCCCUCCUGACCCUCCAUUAUCUACAAUUAGCACAUUACUACGAAACCUUACCCCACAAGGACCUCCUACACAGGGACCUUACAUGGUUCGAAAGCAUAUGCCGCAGAGGUUCUAAACUCGAGAACGCGGUAUCGAUGCUCUAUCAACAUCUACUGAUUGGGGCCUCUUCGGAUAACAAUACAUUUCAAAGACGAUGGGAAACACAACUAGAUAUUGCCAUUACACCAACGCAAUGGGGGACAGCGCUCCUCUGGCAGCACAAAAGCUCCUCAAGCUCCUACUAUCAGGAGGUCAAUUAUAAACUGAUCUCCAUGUGGUAUAAAACCCCGGUAGCCAUACAGAAAUUCUAUCCAGAGGCGUCCCCACUCUGCUGGAGAUGUCAAGACGCGAGAGGUACCAUAGUACAUUUAUGGUGGGAAUGCCAUACCAUCGCACAAUAUUGGGACCAUAUCCACGCCAAAAUAAAGGAGAUCUUGGGGGAUGACACGGAAUGGUCCCGAGAAUUGGCCCUACUACAUAUUACCUCACAAACUAUCCCUAGAUAUAAGAAAUCAAUUCUACGCCAUCUCUUAAAUGCUGCCAAAUCCUUAAUCCCAGUAUAUUGGAAGACAGCAACCGUUCCCACGAUAGAAGAAUGGAUCCAUAGGGUCAAGGACAUCCAGGCGGCCGAGGCGGUGCGGGCAUCCCUGGCGGGACGCUCGACAAAGCACGCGGAGACAUGGCAACCCUGGUUCUCGUACCAGGCGGACAGAUAAAGGGCCCAUGCGGGGGCGGGGGAGCGGGGCGGACAGGCUGGGACUGGUCACCUCUGUUGGCCGAACUCACCCUCAGGUGCCGGAUAAUCCAUCUUGGGAGGGGUUAUGGCCCGUAGUAACAUACGAUCCCUUAAUGACCCGAACUUAUGCUCGCGCACGCUAGAAAACCGAUACUGUGGUAUCAUGAAAUACCUACCGACACACACACGACCAACCGACACACAUGAUAGACUGAACUACAGCAUAUAGGACACAUCACACGGCUGUGCAAUUUAGGAGAUGGAGCCUGAAGGGAAGGACCCAACACACAGUAUAGAGCCGACCACUAGAUGAAUCCACUGAGACAAUAACACAACAUAGGUUCACAAUGCAUGACCAACGUACCACAGCAAGCCGCUAGGACAGGACCUGACAAAAACCCGACCAUCACGCCCAAGCUCAGGACCCGUUGCGGUUGGGAGAGGGAGUGUGGACAUCGGGGAGAACUAUCCUCACACAUACACAUCAUCCCUUAACCCUCUUCUUUUUCACCUUAUAACACGUUAUAUAUUUUUUGUUACUUCCAUAUGUCUCUCAGGGAUACAAGUCACUAACCUGACGAAUGAAAGCAAUAUUUGCUCGCCUAUAUCUAGAGGUUCGAGCAUCAAAGGAGGAACAUGCCCCACACAAACACACUAAAUAUUAUCCUGCAAGCAAUUACUAAAAAUGUUCUCUUGUGCUGUAUUUAUGCAAAUAACAUGUACGCUGACUAAGCCUUAAAUUGAGAAUGGAAUGUAAGUGCCUUGAAGUUUUGGGAAAUUCACAAUAUUUUGUUUUGAUAACUGACAUGUGUUGUAACAAUUAAUAAUGCUAUCCACUGAGGCCUGCGAGCCUAACUUUUUUUCCUCAAUAAAAAAGAUUUACAAAAAAAAAAAAAGAAUUUACCAAAUGAGACAAUAACAAAAUGUAACAGGAACAAUAGGUAUUUGAGGAACCAGCUCAAACGAGCUUACAUUCUAGAGGAGGUGGGGUAUAAAAACCCAAUAGGAAGGGAGACAGCAAAUAGACAUGGUGGGAAAGUAGCAGAACUGGAGGUGAGAGUAGAGUGUGGCCCUUUAGGGGAGAGCGAGAGGCAGGUUUGUGAGAUAGAAGUUACUCUUGGAGGCCAUAAGCAAUCCUGAAAAGAUUGGUUUUGAGGGACUUCUUAAAGGGAGACAGCGCGGAAGGAGGCAGCUGCAGCAUGAGGAGUCUCACAGUAGCAGGACUCCAAGCCACCCUCCUGGUACAUAAGGUAAGCUGAAGGGAACAGGAGGGUGGUUGGAGAUAUUUUUUUAAAUCACCUGUAUAUGUGUGUGUGUGUGUAUGUGCGUGUGUGUGUAUGUGUGUGAGUGUGUGUAUAUAGAUGUGUUUGAGUAUAAGUGUGUGUAUGUGUAUGAGUGUAUGUGUGAGGAUGAGUGUGUGUAUGUGUAUGAGUUUGACUGUGUGAGUAUGAGUUUGAGUGUAUGUAGGAGUGUGUAUGUGUAUGAGUGUGUGUAUGUGUGUGAGUGAGUAGGAGUGUGUGUCAGGGUGUGUAUUUGUGUGUGUGUGUGUAUAUAUAUAUAUAUAUAUAUGUCAGUGUGCAUCUGUGUCUGCGCACACAUUUGUGUAUGUGCAUAUGUAUGUCAGUGUGCGUAUCUGUGCCGUGAUGUGGGCAUGUAUCAAUGUUGGUGUGUGUCAGGGUGCAUGUGUGUAUAUGUCAGUGUGUGUGUGUGUGUGUAUCUAUAUGUGUGUAUGUGUCGGUGUCCAUAUGAAUUUGUGUGUAGUGUUGGUGUAUUUAAUGGUGUACAUUAACACACAGAUGCAUAUAAAUACACCGUUAAUGUACAUGAAUAUCUAUGUAAGUAUGAUAAAUACACCGUUAAUGUACAUCAAUAUCUGUGUAAGUAUGUAUGUAUGUAUGUGGUAGUGUAUGUGCAUACAUCCAAGCAGUGAAACACCAGCACAACAUACAAGCACACUCCUGCAAUCUAACACAAAUAUUACAUACAAAUACACCCCUGCAUUCAAACUAAAAAAAAUAUACAAACACACCCCUUCACUCAAACACAAAUACUUCACACAAAUGUACAUCCGCAUUUAAAAGUGAACAUUACAUUCAGACACACCCCUGCAAUCAAACGCAAACGUCACGUACAAACACACCCCUGUAUUAAAACACAAUAACUAUAUACAAGCACCUCUUCAAACACCAACACUGUACAUUACACUAUAGCGCCAGUAAAUGCCGCAGCGCUGUACAGAUAUACAACCUAGAAAUUUUGACUAGGGGUGCCUUGGAAAAAUACUGAAAUAUUAAGGGCACCUUGAACCUAAAAAGUUUGGGAACCACUGGCCUAUAUUAUAAGCUUUUGGGCUUGCUGGUGUGUUUCUGUCUUUUUCCUACAAGGGUACACACAAUUUAGUAAGCUUGGUGUGCCCAUGAAACUGAAUCCAUUUAUCUUGUGAUAUACAUGCCCAGUUACUGUAUAUAUCUCGUUAACAUCUACCUGCUUUUGUUUAAAAUACAUUUCUAGACCAGACCUGCAGUAAUUUGCCAUAAGAGUAAAUCCAAAAUUCCAAGACAAUAUGUAAGACAUGCUGAAAGGGGUGAUCUGUAGUCAAAGGAAAACUAAGUUUCAAUAUUUAGGCCAAAAACUGUUGACUUUGAAGUCUGUUAGCCUAUAUUGUUCGGUACGAUUUUCAACUCGACCAUGAUUCACUGUUUAGCGAAUAAAGCCUAUUGAGUGCAUAAUAAUUUAUAUGAACACUAGUGAUGUCCCGAACAGUUCGCCGAACGGUUCGACGUGGACGGCGAACAUAAACAUAGACUUUGGCCCUGUACCUCACAGUCAGCAGACACAUUCCAGCCAAUCAGCAGCAGACCCUCCCUCCCAGACCCUCCCACCUCCUGGACAGCAUUCCAUUUUACAUUCAUUGUGAAGCUGCAUUCUUAGUGAGCUGUCCAGGAGGUGGGAGGAUCUGGGAGGGAGGGUCUGCUGCUGAUUGGCUGGAAUGUGUCUGCUGACUGUGAGGUACAGGGUCAAAGUUUAUGUUUAUGUUCGCCAUCCGUGGCGAACCGUUCGGCGAACCGUUCGGGACAUCACUAAUGAACACAUUUCUACAAAUUGCACAAAAUGGUACAUGAAAUAGAGAGAAAAUAAUGACAUGGUGCAGUAUAAGCAAUGCAAAUAGCUGGAUCAAGUUCAAAACAUGCAAAAUAAACAGGAAUUACUAACUAUUCAAAUAAACCUUUUGGCCUCUUAUACAUAUUGCUUCCAAAUAGAACGCACUUCACUUCUUCCACAUGAUCUCUCUCUCUCUCGGAGUGAAAGUCAAACAGACUGUGUUCUUUGUAAUUGUCUGUGAAGUUAUCAGUCGACAGGGUACAAGAACAGGAAUACAGACUUCUCCAUGGUGAAGAGCAGCCAUACUUCACUUGUUAUAUCACUACUGCCAAUAGAGGGCGCUAGAUGCACAUUAACUAUUGUUUCAGAAGCAAGCUAUAAUCAGUUACAAAUACAUCAAUGAUAGCCAAACCAGACGUGGAGGGGAAAAUAAGCCAGCACAGUUAAAAUAAAAUAUAUAGGUACCCUUAAACUAAUGCUCGGUACCCUUAAACUAAUACUAAGUAUCUAUAUACAUAUAUAUUUGCUGGAGGUAUGUAUGCUGCAGCUGUGCAAGAUGGUGGAUGGGGCUUAACUACUAAAUGUUGUUUCCCAGAAAAACUAUGGGUCUGCAUGCAAGUUAUUUGAAUGUCUUAAUAUAAGGAAAGUGUUCUAUUGUAGCUACAAGUGUGAACUUGUUUACUGCAACUUUUAGCAAUAAAUAUGUCUCAUUUGUGUGUGUUUUAUGUUACCUAAUAGAAUAGAUAGCCAUUGAACAAUUGCACGAAAGGCACAGAUUGUAUAGGAAAUAUCAAUGCAAGAAUUACCAUCACUUAUCGCUCCCCUGGUCAACCUAGCCUAUACAGUGAAGACUUUUCUUCCUGGCUACCCCACUUCCUCUCCUCUAACACUCCUUCUCCUAUCAUUGGGGGCAUUAAUAUCCCAAUCAACAACUCUAACAGCUCUGAUGCCUCUCGGCUGCUCUCUGUAGCCUCCUUCUUCAGCCUCAUGCAAUGGUCUACCUCAGUAACAUAUACAGCGGCAAACACACUUGAUCUCAUCUUCACCAAUCUCUGUACUGCCUCUAAUUUCUCCAUUCCCAUUCCAUCCUGUUCCAUUUCCUCUAACUGACCACUAUCUGCUGACCUUUGAUAUCAGCAUACCCAAAUCAUCCCACCCUAUGUACAUCAAUCUCAUAGAGACAUCCACUGUCUUGACCUACAGAAAUUUUCCACCAAUCUGCAAACUCUUCUUUUGCCCAUCUCAAACAUCACCUGCCAUUGUUCUGCAAUCUCCCUCUACACUCCACCCUCUCCUCUUUACUAGAUAUCAUGGCACCUCCUAUAUUUACACAUUAUAAGCAACCCCAGUUACAAUUUUGCACACUAAGCUGACCUGUUGCCUCCAAAAAUAACUCAAGAAGUGCUGAAAGCUGCUGGAGGAAGACUCAUUCUGCGUCUGACUUCUUCCACUAUAAAUUCAUGCUACGCUCGAACAGUUCGACUCCACAAAAGAAAACUACUGCAAUGCCCUGAUAACCAUGCUCUUCUGAGAACCCAAAUGCCCUUUUCACACUUUUAACUCUCUACUUUGCCCUGUUGCUGCUCCUUUUCCUACUUGACUGUUACAAACUUCACAACUCACUUCACUGAGAAGAUUUCCUCGAUCCUGUAAUCUGUCUCUUACCCCUACCAAUACUACCCCCAACCCUGCUCUCUGCUCUGUUCUAUGCUCACUCGCAUCCGCUACGCCAACAGAAGUUUCUGCUCUGCUUUGGUCGUCCAGCCCCACCACUUGUUUCCUCAAAUUUAUUUCCUCACAUCUCAUUCUUUCUACUUAUCUUGCUCUGUCCUUCACUAAAUAUUCAAUCUCUUUCUCUCCUCUGGCAUAUUUCCUUCACUCUUCAAGCACGCAUCCAUGUCAAAUCUUGACCCUAAAUCCACAUCCAACUACCGCUCUGCCUUGCUACUACUGUUUGCCUCCAAGAUCCUUGAACGAGUUGUGUAUGCUAGAUUGACCAACUUCCUUGAAUCCAAAGUAUCCAAUGAUUUAUUUGCUGAUAAAUCCAGUGGUCGCUACUCUCUCCUUAUUCUCCUUGACCAUUCUGCUGUUUUCGACACUGUUGAUUACCAACAAUUCCUAACUUCUCAUUCUCCCUAAUCUCGGUUUAUGAGACUCUGCUCUUUUCUGGUACUCCUACCUCUCCCAGCGCUCUUUCACUGUUUUGGUGUUUCCUUCUCUGGUUCUUUGUCUUCUCUGCAACCCCUCUCUGUUGGUGUUACCCAAGGCUCUGAUCUUGGUCCUCUGCUGUUCUUGAUCUAUACUGCCUCACUUGGUAAACUCAUCAGUUUUUAUACACAAUAGUGUUAGGAGUACAACUUUGUAUUCCUAACACUAUAGAACCCCUUUAAACUUUACCUGUCCAAAACAUGGCUUCUUGUCUUUCAUCCUUCAAGUGUUGCUACUUCCGUGUCUGUCUCCCUCCAAAUCAAUGGCCCUAUCACCAGCUCUAACUCGCAGGCUUCAUGCGUUGGUGUUCUCUUUGACUCUAAUAUCUCCUUUACCCCUCAUAUCCAGUCAUUCGCCAAAUCUUGCUGCUUCCAUUUUAGAAACAAAUUUCUCAUCAGCACCUAUAGAAGGCUGGAUGCAGCUAAUGUGAUGGUCCACUGUCUUCUCUGACAUUGACUAUUGCAAUCUGCUUCUCAGUGGUUUUACAAAAUGCCAGCUUGCCUCAUUACUGCCUUUAAUAAAUACAGCAACGAGGCUCAUCUUAAUGUCUGCCCGCACCUCCCAUGCCUCCCCCCUCUGCCAGUCCUUACAAUGGUUUCCCAUUAAGAUUUAGGGCUCAAUUUAACAUUUUGUAUUUGCUUGCAAAUCUCUACAUAUUGCUGCCCCUAUCUAUCCUCACUAAUGCACAAGUAUGUCCUGUCCAGGCAUCUACACUAUUCCAAAGAUCUGCGUCUUUUCUCUGUUCGUACUCGCAUCUCUCAAGCCCACCUUCCUAUGGAACUCCCCUGCUCCGUUAGACUCUUGCCCAUAGUCAGUUCCUUCAAAAGAUCAUUAAAACUCACUACUUUAGGAAAGCAUAUCAAUUAAACUGUUAAUAGUUUUCUCUCCUGAAACUGUAAUUUGAAAAACUAACCCUUUAUUGUAAACUAUUCUGGUAACCUACUUUUUCCCAUACAUAAAUUACCUCUUGUGCCACUUUACCACAACUACCUCUAGAAUGUAAGCUCAUUUGAGCAGGAACCUCUGUUCCUGUGCGUCCAACUUGUCUCCAACUGCAUAUAAUGGUCUGUUAACCACCUAUUGUACAGAGCUGUGAAAUUUGUUGGCGCUUUAUAAAUUAUAAUUAUAAUAAUAAUAAUAAUAAUACUGAAAGGCGCAGAUCCCACAUACACCAAAUGUAUAUGUCUGCACAGUAUUAAACGAGAUCAAUAUCUGUGUAAUAGAUGGCACUUAAUUUCAAUAAUUGUACUUAGAAUCAUAUGUACGAAAUAGAUUCAAACAGAUUGUAUUGGAUUACAAAAAGGAAAUUCAUACAGGAGGUCCAAAAUAGGCAUAUGCAUGGGCAAAAAAUUUGGUUCGGUUUGGUACUUCAGCAAUUCAGACUUCGGCAAUUCGUAAGUAUCCCUCUCUUACCACCACAACCACUUACACAUCUGUAGGGCUCUCUUAUCCUACCCCUGGGUAGGGGUAGGUUAAGGGGUAGGGUUAGGGUUAGGGGUAGGGUUAGGUGCCCAGAUUGCCACCACAACCACUUACACAUCUAAUAGUGCUCCCAGUACCAGGAAUUAACUUAUGGAUUUAGAUUCCUGUCAUCAUUCAAGUAAUUUUCCCUCCCUCUUGUGUUUUGCCAAUUUUCGAGAAUCCGAAGCACUUUGGCACUUCGGCAAUUCGGUUCGGCACUUCUGCAGUUCGGUCAUUCGGGACUUCGGCAAUUCGGAAGCAUCCGAAUUGCCGAAAUUCGUCCGAAGUUACAUUCGGAACGAAACAAAUUGCUUAUGUCUAGUCCAAAAAUGUGUUUCUUGUAUGUCAGAAAAAAAGACUUUGGUAUAAGGAAAUUGUUUAUUCCUGAAAAGUUACCCAUACUGCACAGUUUGUAAUAUCACACCAUGCAAUAAAACCAUGGCAUGGCCUGCUUGACACUAUGCAACGCAAUGUCCAUCGUCAAAGUUUCCAGGCAACAGUUGCUGUGUUCAGCUGCUACCAUUAUACUCACGGCUACCAUUACCUCCAUUCUGGUACUGAAAUGCUAGACAAGGGACUUGGAAGAGAAAGAGACACUGUCACAGGGACCAUUCUACCACCAUGUCAGAAGGGGAAAAUGACUGAAUUAAUGGGAGCCACAGCAUAUGGAGGAUGUUACCUGGGACUGUAACUCUCAUUAAUCUCACGAAGAUUGGGACAAGUAAUUCCCGAUACUGCCAUAACAAGCAAUCAAAUGUCUGUUGUCUCUGUGAGUCUGUGUAUAUGUGCUUGUGUAGCCCUAACUCUUAAGUUCGAAAAAAAUAAUGCAUAGCAAAAAGAUGAAUAAAUAAAAAGAUACAUUGAAGUAUGUAUAAGGGGGUAAUAAUACCAUCUUAGGGUUCUUGACACAUGUGUAAACCUUAAGUCUCAUGGUUUCUCCAGAACUCUCUCUACGUGUACCAAUAUAUAUCUCAGCCAAAAGGAACACGUAUAGGACUUUGCCCUCUUUUAUUACAGGUCUACUGCUUUGUCGGUUCUGGCACAUCACAACCGACUGGUGUCAUUUGAAUAUGUUUAUUGGUUAUAAUAUGUUACCUUAUCAUCACAGCUUUAUUGCCCUGAUUACAAAUAAACAAAGUUCUUCACAUUUUAUCAUGGUACGAAUUAUUUUAAUACUUUAAAAAAGCUAAAUUAAGAACCUUUUUUAACCUCUAGUUUGCUCCUUUUUUACAUGAAUCCUGCCCUGAGAAUUUACUUGCUAAAUUGUGAGUGCCAUUUGACAUUGCUAAGGUUGGGACUAUCACCUUGUUAAAUAUUAAUUUAUUGAGAAAAGUCAUGUUGUCUUAUGAUUUGUUGUCUGUAAUAUGGGGACUAAAAAACAUUUUAAACGUUAGUUAGAAAUUGGAGUUGGACUUUGCAAUGCCAGCAAAUGAAUAAAAGCUACCGUAUAUACUAUGAAUAUAAUUAUAUCUUAUAGGGUUAUUAACUAAACCCUGAAUUUUUGCAAAUUAUAUCUGAAUUGAAAAACUAUUGCAAAAUUAGCUGAUCUGGAACAAUUUCCCAAUUCAGUCAUAGUCACUACUUGACUAUUUUUGCCUUAGUUUUUUUUAUUUCACAAAGUUUCAGGGUUUAGUGAAUAAACCUGUUAGUGAACAAAAUAUCGAUAAUGUGUUUUCCUCUUCUUCUCAGAGUCUUCUCGUUUCUCUCUGGAUUGCCUGUCCUACUUCAGGGGUCAAACACUCUUCCAUGUUGGUGAGCUACUUGGAGAAACUAUGUCAUCCAAUCCUUGGGGUCAAUCGACCUCACGUGAUUUUCAGCUGGCAUUAGCUGAGGAUUUCUGUUGUGUCAAGAGACUAAAGCUGCCCAGUUGGCCUGGCCAGGUUGACUGGUUCAGCAUGUGGAGGAGGAAAAGUUCCCAACUGGUGCUGUGUGAUGGUGCUCACUUCCAAUAUGUGGAGACACAAGUGGAAACAAAUAACCAGCUGUAACCACAACACAUCAACCAUUCUUCCAUUUACAGACAAUGAUUGUGUUGUAUACAACCGUAAAUACUGGAAAGCAAAUUGUUAGUCUUCAACUAUGAGUUUCAGUCAUGAAUGUUGCCUACAAGCCAUUAAAUCUCAUGCAGAUCUUCCAGUGAAGGCGUUUACACUAUUCUAUCCAGUGAUUGAUAUGCAUAUUGUGUUGUUAAAUAUGGUGGUUCAGCUAUACUGCAUGCAAUGCAUGGAAACAUGUUCAUUGGUUUAUUUAAGACCUCUUUCAGUUUUCAAAAUUAAUAUUUAUUUGAAGAAUGUUGGAUGAAGUUUAUUUGCAAAUGUUCCGUUAUAUGGUUGUCUUCCUUGGAUUGCUUGUGAUUUGUCUGAAUUUCUAAUACAUUUCUAUGGAC